GACCUUCUAGAUCGCCCGUUCGAUAUAGGCGAUAUAGCUAGGCAGCACCUUCUAAACCGUUCUGCCCUAUUCGAGCUUGUGGUAAGGCACGUCGUAGAGGCUGGAGUGUUGCGUUAGUCAUUUGCCAUCACACGACAACCGUUACGCAUCUGCGCAUUCCCGUCUGUAGCCUUGAGUCUUCCGCUUGUCAGGCUACGUCUACGAAAUGUAUAUAUAAGCCACAUAGUUAGACCAAUCUUAUAACAAUCGAACUUGACUUCUUCACCAUCAACACUUUCACCAAACAAUCACUAGAUCAUCAUACCAUUUCAAUUUACUAGCUAAGUAUUCAACAUGGCAAACACCAACAACAAUAACAACAAUCCACCACCCCCUGGAUGGGACUACGAGCAAUCAUUCGGACCUCAUGCAUUCAUGAGAGCUGGCGCUGGAGUCGACCACGCUAGCACCGGAGCCAGCUUCGGGCAUGGGUUCCCAUUCAACAACGCUCAAACUUGGCCCGGCCAGGAGUGGGCUCGCUCGUCUGGACCCUGGAAUGGAUGGCAUUGGGGGCCCGGGUGGCACGGCGGCGGACAUGACGAACACAAUUUUGGAAAUUAUCGUGAGGUCCCUACAUCCGAUAGAGAGGAAGGCGACCACGACCACGACCACAAGGACGAUGAUGGGAUGGAGAGUUCUCCCGAAACCAUGAGAAACACUCCGGAUGAGUCCGUCAACAGUGAUGCACCACAUCCACCAACUCCGGGAGCUUUCCCUCACCCUCGCCCGCCGCCUCCCGCAGGCGCUCCUCAGCACCCGCCUCACCCAGCUCAUCCGCCUCACCCUCCCCACCCAUUCUUCCACGGCCACCCACGCCCCUUCGGUGGUCCUCACCGCGGACGAGGCGGACGAUUCGGCCGUCGGGGAGGUCGCGGCGGUCCCCCUCCUCCACCACCAAGCUACAGCGGCCCUUGGGACUUCCGACCCUUGAUGCACGCCUUCGCGACCCACCCCUUCGCCGAGGCAUUCAAGGACUACAUGGAGCAGGCGCGCGAAGGCCUAUCGCACGAGUCCAACGAGCAACAGGACAACGCCUUUGUCCCACCCGUCGACGUCUUCAAUACGGAGAAAGCGUACAUCCUACACGUGUCACUCCCAGGCGCGAAGAAGGAAGACGUGGGUGUCAACUGGGACGGCGACAAGGUCAACAUCGCCGGCGUCAUCUACCGUCCCGGCGACGAGGCGUUCAUCAGCUGCUUGGCUUCUAGCGAGAGGAAGGUCGGUUUGUUCGAGCGCAGCAUCAAGCUACCCCCUCCCGGAAGCAGCGAGAAGGAAGAGAUUGAUGGUGCGGGCAUCACGGCGAAGAUGGAGAAUGGUAUUCUCAUCGUGACGGUACCUAAGACUGAGAGGGACUGGACUCAGAUUCACAAGGUCGACAUUGAGUAAAUCCGGGUUUCCGGAUUGAAAGGGCAUGGGUGGUUGUGAAUAUAUAGGUAUGGAGGAUUGAGGAUAUCCUGGUGAUUUGGUAUGGCAGGAGUAAGGUGUUCAAGGAGUUACAUAUAAAUAAGCCCCCAUCAAACCAAUAAAAAAUUGCGUCCAAAAUAACUAAGCAUCGUCCCAUGUCGCUAGAUCGAAUUCGAUAUGUCUUGUGAUAUGUAUCAAUAAUUUGUUUCAA